AAAACAAGCGACCGCCGACAUCGACAACCUCAAGACAUGGGCUCCAACAAACCCCGCGGAUUGCAAGCAGCGCGCAAGCUCAGGAACGGUCGCAGGGAGAACCGUUGGGCGGACAAGUCCUACAAGAAGCGUGCCCUCGGUAACUUCUACAAGACUUCCCCCACUGGAGGUUCAUCCCAUGCGAAGGGUAUCGUCCUCGAGAAAGUCGGCGUUGAGGCCAAGCAGCCCAACUCUGCCAUCCGAAAGUGUGUGCGUGUGCAGCUCAUUAAAAACGGCAAGAAGGUCACUGCUUUCGUGCCCAAUGACGGUUGCCUGAACUUCGUCGACGAGAACGACGAGGUCCUCAUCUCCGGUUUCGGUCGCCGUGGAAAGGCCAAGGGUGAUAUUCCCGGUGUCCGUUUCAAGGUCGUCAAGGUCUCUGGUGUUGGCCUUCUCGCUCUCUGGAAGGAGAAGAAGGAAAAGCCCCGUUCAUAAAUCACCCCCUGUCGCCUCCCGCCCUUUGCUUUGUCUUUAUUCCACCCUUUCUUCUCCUUCGUGUUGGUCUAUGAGUUCCAUGCCAUGCCUGUAUUUCGCUCCUAUGCAUGCUUUCCCUCGAAUAAAAACGCCCUAAGCAUCGCCGACGACCUCGCGUGAGACUCCGCGUCUGGGCUCAUCUGGAC